UGUUGUGUUGUUAGCACGGGAUGCUAGGUUUAAUUAGAGCUAGCAAGGUGAUGAGUGAACAGACCGGAAGUCCUCCUCCAUCCCUCCCUCCCUUUCUCCUCUACUCUCCUCACAUCCUCCUCCUCAUCACUCUUCCAUCCUGAGUCAUCCGAGUGCUUCCAAAAAGUGACCUGGAUCGGUUCGGCUCAUCUUCAUCAUGACCCAAGUGGCUCCGACUCGUCCUGCUGCUUUAACAGCUUUGGCCCCGCCAUCCUCCACCCGGCUGACCAAUAGGAAGACGUCUCCUUGUCGGUCACCGUCCAGUCAGAGGAGCCCCACAGAGCUGUCCGAAGCGCUGCAGGACAAAGAUCGGCGAGUUCAGCGGCAGCUGGAGCGCAGCGGCGAGGAACGUGAGAGCAAAAUGGCGGCGCAAAAGCGCAAGGAGCAACAGCGCCGCCUGGCGGCUGAGGAGAAGCGACGGCAGCAGAAGGAGGCCGAAAAGGAGCGGCUGGAGGCCAUGGUCCGACGGAGAGGCGGCGAGGCGCGGGACCGCCGGGACCACAGGCCCAAGCGAUGGACCUGGGGGGGGCCGCCCGAUGGAGUGGAGGGUAACACUAAGACCCCGCCCUGCCACGCCAUUGGCUCCGCUCUGCCCAAUCAUCUCCCCGCUGCUUCCGGCACCGGCCAAUCCCGUAACGCUUGUGAGUUCCUGGCUCCGCCCAACUCCUCGGACGAACCAAUGAGCAAGCAGCUGUCCAGCUCGUCCUCCAACCUCCACUCCAACGAGACAGUCGCAGCUCCUUCCAACAAGCACAGACCUCACCGAAGUUCAUCCAAUCGCAGGAGCAUCGCCGCGUUCCCUGAUGAGACGUCUCAAGCCAAAACACCAACGGGUGAGGUUCCUCAAGCACCUGUUCGUAGUUCCUCCUUCAAAGCCAGCAGCAAAGGUCCAGCUACACCCAAAAGAAUGCGAGCGAGCCGUAGUCGCGCUCAGUCCCCGUGCUCGCCGGGUCAGUACCCGCCUUCCCCUCUCCGGCAGAGGGCCACCACGCCGGGCGACGACAGGAAGUCCGCCAAAUCAGAAAGCUCUGACAAGAAGAUGCCCAAAUCAUCUAGCAGAGAAUUAUGCGCAGAGUCUCCAGGGACGCCCACGGGCCGCAGCGUAGGGGGCACCAUGGACGCUGAAGAGGCGUCGCGACUGCUAGCUGAGCGGCGGCGCCUAGCUCGGUUACAGAAGGAGCAGGAGGAGCGACAACGGCAGGAAGAAGAACAACUGAGGGCGGAGGAGGAGCGCAGGAGGCAGCAGGAGGCCCGGGAGCUACAGGAGAGAGCGGCUCAGCAGGCCGAGGAGGAGCGAGCCCUGCGGGAAGAAGAGAGGAAGAACAGAGAGGAGGAGGAACGUCGGCAGAAGGAGCAGCGAUGGAAGAACAUGCAGGAGCAGCUGGACAAGGAUAGAGAGGAGGCCUUCCAGCGAGCUCAGAGAGAAGCCGAGAGAAAGAGGAGGGAGCGGGAGCAGCUUCACAUCCAGGAGGAGCAGGAGAGGCAGCAGAGGAAAAAAAGGAUUGAAGAAAUCAUGAGAAGAACACGCAAGAGUGACGUGGAAGCUCCACCUGGUGCAACAGCGUGCGACGCAAGGCCUGAAAUGGCGGCGCUAGUCCUGGAAGAGGACGCUCCGACUCCGUCCGAACCUCCCGCCAUCCUGCUGGGACCACUGGAGAACAAAAGCUGCGUGGACGAACUGUCAGACGGCGUUCAGUCCAUGGACGUCAGUCCGGUGUCCAGGGACGAGACGGCCAGCGCUCAGGAGUUCUCGCCGGUGGCGGACGGGCCGGAUCAAGUGACGGACGCCGAACCUCAGGCCUUCCCCAAACUGCAGGGCGGCAGCGGGGUGGGCGACCUUAACGAGAACCUCCUUAUCCAAGCGUACAACACCGCAGCCGCUGAGUCCACUGCGCUUAUUCACGGCCAGGUGGACGUGUGAGGCGGCGGGUGAACAGGCGCGGGAAAACUUGCAUCCUUGGCUUGUCGACUGUCGGCAGCAGUCCAAGAACAGCUACUGCUCACCACGCUCCAACUUGAUCGACACCCUUAAACAUCUCCAGAUAACUACAAGUCAUCUUGAAAUUGACACUUCAUUCACUCUACUGUACACUCAAAUGGUCAAUUUAGCGAUUGAACCACGACACGUAACGAGCUCCAGGUUACCAUUAUUUUUAAUCUGAGGCUAUCUAAUGUGUCACGUGAAGAUCCCAGAAGCUAAAAGAAGAGGAAAGACUGCUUCCCCCUGCUGGCUUUUGGGACCAUGUAAAUAGCUUAAAUGGAUCAAAAACAUCACCAGAGAUGUUAGCGGUCGCACCCGUAGCUUGGCUACCCUGCGCGUUCAUUCUGUUGAUUCGUAGCCUGUAGCUCCGGCUCCUCUGGACAUUUCGUGGACUGUGAAAUCCAUAACGAAGGAUGAGCGUCACUCAGUUUUGACAUGUACGCAACGCGCAAAAAGUUCUGUUUUUGUGUGGCGUGUAUGUACGUAGUUGUACGGCACUGACUAACCAUGCUAGCUGCGGUGUGUAGUAUGCACUAUUAUUACUCUGUACUCCACGCUCACUCUCGUUCUUUAACCCGCGGACACUCGUCACCUCUGAGGCCUUCGACCUCGACCGGUUACGUCCUCCGGCACGCGCACUUCCAAAAUGGUGGCUGAGGAGCAACGACAAACGUGUUUCGACGCGCUUUAGCUUGAUGCUCAUUAUGGCUGGGAGUCGACAUUAAGGCCACUUGUGUCUCCUCAAAUUGUAGUACGCUGCAGCCUGGUUGAAUAUAUCAUUGUAGAUGUGAUGCAUGAAUUAUUGCUGAAUAACAUCAAUAAACUUCAUCAGAAUAUCA